AUGUCGGUCAAGGCGUCCGGGAGCAUGAUGACGAGCGGGAGCCACGAGACGGCCGUGCAGCUCGACGCGCUCCACAAGGCCCAGAUCUACUACACGAAGAAGAUCGAGAACGAGCGGCUGCGGCUCCACCAGGUCGAGAAGAAGCUCGACCGCAUGCGCAAGACGAUCCUCGAGUUCAAGAAGCAGGUCGGCGGCGAGUGGAAGCGCCGCGAGGUGUCGAUCCGGACGCAGCGCGAGAGCGUGCGCCUCGAGUCCGCGCUGCAGACGGUCAAGGAGAAGCACGACCGGCUCCAGCACAAGAUCAAGACGUUGGCCGUGGAGAUCAACAACAAGCGGCGCGAGAAGAUCCAGCACGAGCGCGUCACGGCCAAGGCGGAGAAGUCGCUCGCGCGGCGGCGGCAGCAAUUGGCGAACCUGAACCGCGCGUUGCAGGAGACGGAGGAGGAGCGCGAGCAGGCCGGCCGCCAGUGCGAGGCGCUCAAGGGCGAGAUCAUCGACGAGAUGGAGCAGUUCAACGACCGCGUGUCGUCGACGCACAACUCCAUCGUCGCCGCGACGGGCCAAUGCGGCCUGAGCUCCGCGGCGUCCGCGGGCGCCGCGCCGUCGUCCAAGGGCGGCGCCAAGGGCGGCGGAUCCGGCGGCGGCAAGGACCGCGCCUUCCUCACGCAGGAGCGGUCGAAGCAGCCCGAGGUCGACCUCCAGCAGGAGGUGAACAAGGCCUACUGGGUCGUCGCGAAGACGCGCAUGGAUUUGACGAAGCAGAUCGAGCGCAAGGAGGAGCUCCACAGCGCCUUCGACAAGAUCUGCUCCGAGACGAAGACCCACGUCGACCCGUCCGCGGACCCGGCGCUCAAGGGCAAGCACCCGCUCGAGGGCCUCGUGCCGCUCCUGUUGAAGAGCGAGGAGGAGAACUAUUUGGUGUUCCGGACGAUCAACGAGCUCAACCAGGAGCUCGAGACGCUGGAGCUGGAGAAGGUGAGCCUCGAGGACGACAUGGAGCAGCGCGCCCUCGCCAACGAGGACCGGCUCCACCAGGAGGAGAACAUGAAGAAGGAGCUCGGCGCGCAGCUCGCAACGUCCGAGGCGACGGAGAAGACGCACGAGGACCAGCACCGGGCCAACGAGCAGUCCCUCAUCUCGGCGUCGGAGGCCGUGACGACGAUCUUCCACAAGCUUGGCUGCGGCGAGAUCCCCAGCGGCGAGGCUUUGGUCGCGACGGGGCUCACGGAGCGGAACGUCGAGCAGUUCCUGGGCCUCAUCGAGGACCAGCUCGUCGAGGUGCUCCAGCUCGACGCCCACCUGACGGCGUCGCGGGGCAACGAGGACCCGACGCGGCCGAAGACGCCCAAGUUCAACCGCGACGGCAAGCGCAUGCCCGCGAUGACGCUCCCCGACCUGCUCCACCAGCCGCAGCUCGACGCGUCGCUGUCCGCGCCCUUCGACGACGCGACGGACGAGUCGCCCGACGACGCGGCCUUCGCCGCGCCCAUCGACCCGUCCAAGCUCCUCAACAGCCUCAAGUCCGGCGCGGUCGACGACGGCAAGGGCCGCAACGACACGGCCAAGGGCCACGUCUUCAACUCGCGGAUCGUCUCCCUGCGCCCCAAGUCCCAGGUCGUCGCCGUCGGGCCCCAGCGCUAG